AUGUCUUCUGGCAGAGUACCACUUAGUUACGUGUAUGUCUUCUGGCAGAGUACCACUCAUUUGCGUGUAUGUCUUCUGGCAGAGUACCACUUAGUUGCGUGUAUGUCUUCUGGCAGAGUACCACUUAGUUGCGUGUAUGUCGUCUGGCAGAGUACCACUCAUGUGCGUGUAUGUCUUCUGGCAGAGUACCACUCAGUUACGUGUAUGUCUUCUGGCAGAGUACCACUCAGUUGCGUGUAUGUCGUCUGGCAGAGUACCACUCAGUUGCGUGUAUGUCGUCUGGCAGAGUACCACUCAGUUGCGUGUAUGUCGUCUGGCAGAGUACCACUCAGUUGCGUGUAUGUCUUCUGGCAGAGUACCACUCAGUUGCGUGUAGUACCACUCAGUUGCGUGUAUGUCGUCUGGCAGAGUACCACUCAGUUGCGUGUAUGUCUUCUGGCAGAGUACCACUCAGUUGCGUGUAUGUCGAGACGUGAAACACAACUAUUUUUGCUUCUUUCUUUCUUUGUUUCUUUGUUGCUUUCUUUUUUUUUUUUUCUUUCUUUCUUUCUUUCUUUCUUUCUUUCUUUCUUAAUAUCACUCCAACCCUUCUUUCUUUCUUUCUUUCUUUCUUUCUUUCUUUCAUUUUCUCACUGA